GCCAACGGUGUUUUUGUGCAGUUGCUAGUGACAAUUAGGUAAUUCAAGAUGCGCUACAGUUUGUUAUCGCGUGCCGUAAAAUUGUUAAAUGAAAACCACAGCCGGCGAGGACAAAUAUUAUUAACGCGCAGCAGCAGCAACAAGGCGAGAAGCGAGCUCAAUGCGCAGCAUGCGGGACAGCAGCAGGAGGAGGUGACAAAGGCAGCAGAGGAGACGGGCAAGUUGCCGGCACGUGAACCGCUGGCAAAGAACUUCUUUGUGGGCCUCACAGAUCGCGAGCUGCUCGGCUACCCCGAAGUCAUACCUCGCGAUGAGAUGGCGAAUCUGCAGAAUGCGCUGCUCCCGUUGAACAAUUAUUUUGCUGAAGAGCAGCAACAGCAGGAGCAGGAAACGCAGCUAAAGCAACUGGGACUCUACGGACUCAAUGUGCCCACCGACUACGAAGGUCGUGGCUACAAGUGGAGCGCCAGUCUUAUGGCCAGCGAACCCGAGGCACAGCACACCAGCCUGGCGCUGGGACUGCAAACGCAUCGCGUAGUUGUGGAUUUGUUGUGUGAGCUGGGCUCAUUGGAGCAGCAAGAACGCUACUUGCCACAACUGGCCUCAGGACAGCUCGUGGCCAGUGAAGCCAUACUGGAGUACACGCCACCGGAGGAUGACUUCUUUGCCACCCAGGCGCAAUACGAUGCGGAUCGUCGCUGCUGGCUGCUCAAUGGCGAAAAGGCAUUUGUGCUCACAGCUCCAGCUGGACAACGACAAUUGUUUUUGGUGCUGGCGCAGACACAGCAGCCGAAUGUGCCCGGCACUCUGGGACGCAGCAGCACCAUCUUUCUGGUGGACUCACAGCAGCAGGGCGUGCGUCUUGGCGAAGCACAUGAAACAUUCGGUUGCCAGGCGGCGAGCAUGCGUCGCAUCCACUUCGAUCAGGUGCAACUGACCGAGGAGCAACUUCUGGGCCUGCCACACGAGGGCAAUCGUUAUGCGGAGCAGCUGGUGCGCUCGUCGCGUCUACGGGGCAGCCUCACGGGCAUUGUGCUCGCCAAGCGUCUGUUGCAGCAGCUGGCCAGCUUCAGUGUAGACACGCAGCAGUGUGGCGUCCAAUUGAAAGAUCUAGAACUGACGCGCGUGCAGUUGUCGCAGGCCACUUGUUCCAUCUAUGCCAUGGAGAGCAUGCUGUACAUGACCGCCGGUCUCUUGGAUGAAUUUGCUGGCCAGGAUGUGACGCUGGAGAGCAGCAUAACCAAAUACUACACGCUGCAGCAACUGUACACGAUUGCCUCACAGAGUCUGACGCUGCUGGGGCCACAGAGUCUGCAUCGUGGACAGUUCUGGGAGCAAGGAUUACGGGAUGCCGCUCAGCUCUGCACGCAGGGCGAAUCCUUGAGCACGCUGAGUUUGUUCAUAGCGUUGACGGGUUUGCAACAUGCGGGCCAACAAAUGAACGAAGGUGUGCGCAAGUCACGUAAUCCGCUCUACAAUCCCGGCCACAUCUUUGGCAAGUUUCUGUCCACCAACACUCUCGAGCAGCCCAAGACACGCAUGUUGCUGGCGGAGAAUUUGCAUCCCACAUUGGAGCCGGCGGCUCAGUGCAUCGAACAUUCGGUGGCUCGCCUUCACAUGGCUGUGGAUCUGAUGUUCACCAAGCAUGGCAAUGCGGUGGUGGAGCGUCAGCAUGAGAUGCAACGUCUGGCCAACAUUGUCAGCACCAUCUAUGCCAUGUGGUCGAGUGUGGCACGUGCCUCGCGCUCCUAUUGCAUUGGCCUCCCGCUGGCGGAUCAUGAGAUGCUCACUGCUUCGGCCAUUUGCACUCAAGGACGUGAUGAUGUCCUGCGACUGGCCACGGAGAUCUACAGCGGCAACUAUGUCAACAACGACAACAAUCUGUUGCGACUGGCGUCGCAGGUGACCAAGAGCAAGGGCUACUUUGCUGUGCAUCCGUUAACAUUUAACUUCUAAGUUGGUUUUAUUCUCUGUUAUCAUGCGGCUGCAAGCCAGAUUAAAUUUAUUAAUUGUAAUAAUAA